CAUCGUGCAGAGGUAUGGAAGAGAGUUGAUUGGGAUACAGGCCGUUCGCGACCGCUCUUAUUCGUCGAAAAACGGAGAUGAGAUAUUCAGGACUGCCGGGGGCAUCGAUAUUCCGCGCUUUCAAAUUUGCGGCUGUCGUCGAGUUCCCUUCCACUUGGAAUCCCGCGUAGCUUCCACACUGAAAAACGAGCCUAACGUUGAUGACCCCGGUCUCCGAGUUUGCCGAUGCUUGACCAGUCGUUGUACCUGGUGGCGGUAAGUUGGGGGUUAGAGAAUACCACCACUAGCGGCUCGAAGGUCCAUGGGAAAAAGUACUUGCUUUUUCGAAGGUUACGUCUGACCCGGAAGGUGAGACCAAGCCGCGUCGGACCGAAAAAAGGCCGCGUGAGGGGCAGAUCCACCAGAAACUCGUUCCCCGAGAUAGUAAUCACGGGCGACAAAUCCGUCUCGAUGCUGGCAGGAUCCUCCCCGGUCGAGUAUUCAUACGGACCAACCGGGCGGUCGUCAAAAGUAACUCCGGGCAGAGGAACUUCCAUGAUGCUUAUACGCGCCGAUCCAGCCACGACGCUUACGUCGCUGCGGUUGAGAGUCAACCCAAGUUGUUCCAAGUUUGUCAAAUUUUCUAGGAGGCGGCAACAUGGGAACACGGGACAAAGGGAAAACAUGUCAAAACUCCGGACGAAUUCGCCGAGACACAUUUCUCGCAACAUAAAAUUCCUUGUCGACAUACUUCCUGGAAUUCUAAAGCGCAGCGAUCCACCCACCAGGCAGCUUUCUUCAUCAGGAAAGAUCUUGAUUGCCUUUUGCACAGAUCGGGUGGCACCAAUUGGAACGGUCCCGUUGAUCGAUUGAAUAACGACAUCGUCCGGAUCGCUAUCGAUGCCUCCCGGCACUGUGUAUGAGAUGCAGAAAGAUUUGCCGCCCCGUUCGCAACCGCCUGUGCGCUGUUGCGCACCGGCGAGACCGCAGUGUCUCUCCGGCUCUUCCCAGAUGGGGUGUCAGGUUCAACAAUGCAUUGGAAGAAAGGAAGCGUUCGA